GUGUAAAAUGGUGGAUAGGAGACAGUGAGACAGCUGCAGUAGACACAACAUAGCUACUAAUAUCUUUAUCUAGAGGUCACACAUACUCACUCAGCGUGGGUGAAAACUCGGAGCAAAGAUGGCUGAUGCAGCAACAAUAAAGAAACACGCUGCCACUGUCCUGUGCUGUGUGGAAAAGGUGUCCUCCUUCGCUUCUUCCAUUGACCCUCUCUUUGGGAUAGUUUCAUCUCUGGUUGGGAUCGCCCGGAAAGGUCUUGUGGACGAAGAGGGCCACCCGCUAGAUGAUGACUUCCAGGAAAUCAACUCAAAACUGGAGUCCAUUUCCAAGAAGAACCACAAAUGUUUGAAACAAAUCCAAAUUGAUGAGAUAAAUGAGAACUACGGCAAGUAUGAGGAGUACAUUAAACAUCAAUAUGCAGCUUUUAACACAAUGGUGGCUAAGCUGAAGAAGGAUCCGGAUAGGACCAAGAUUCACAUGGAAACCUAUGAGAGAAUCUAUGAAAGAGACAAGAGUGACUUAAGCCUCAAUGUCUAUUACAACGGCGUCAUGGGAACGGGGUCGCUAUUUGGAAGAAACUUGCUUAAAGUUUAUAUGGAGCAUUGCGAUGGUGAUUUAGAGAUAAUGGAGCAUAGAUGUUCACACCUCACGCAUCUCUUUCACAUGGGGCUAAUUGCUUUGAUGGCGUACACCGCUGUUACUGAGGACGACGAAGAUGAGGUCAGGGAGAAGUGGGCCAAGAGGGUGGCUGACAUCCAGACCGAAAUGCAAAAGGUGCUGAGUCAAUGCAAAGAUAAGCAAGCUCCCGCCUCGUGAAUGUAAUUAUCCUCUAUAGAGAUGAAGGAGCAUCAGACAGCAGUAACCAAAGUCUUCUGUCAGCUGUGGACCAACAGGAAAGACAUGUAAACUAUUACAGGAUGCUGUACAAAGAAGCCAUUGUUUUUCAUUAAAGCACUGCAUUUAAAACUUUAUCUAUACUUUAUCUAUAUUAUUGUAUUUUUGUUUUCAAAGACAUGCUGUGUGUGAAUAAAAACUUGUAUAUGCUGACAGUUUGAUGCUAUAAUUUAAUUGAAGUUAUACUAUGCAUACAAAUAAAGUGUAAUCCUGUGG